AUGGAUCCGCUGACAGCCAUCGGGCUGGUGGCAAACAUUUUGGCCUUUGUCGAUUUUGGCCUCAAAGGCCUCAGGGAAGCCAAAUCAAUCUACAAAUCCUCAUCAGGUCUUACUGGAGAAGCUGCCAGCCUGCAGAAAUUUGCUGAGCAAACGCGUCAUUUCGCGGACAAUCUCCAGACCCCGGAUCCCAUGGGCCUCGAUGACGACGAGAAGGUCCUCUGCGCAUUAGCGAAAGACUGCUGCAAAAUCUGUCAAGAUAUUCUUACGCUCAUCGAUGGCAUACGAUCCAAAAAGGCGUUCUCCGGAAUACAUGCAAUCAAGUCGGUUUUGAAAGGGGUGAAAUAUCAAAGUGAUUUGAAAUCAUUACAGGCCAAACUCAACUCCUGUCAGAGCCAGAUCGGUCCUCAGCUCACGUACAUAACAAGGCUUAACAGCAAAAGAAUCAUCUCGAAACUCAACAUCAUGACUGGGAAUGCAGAAGACAACUUUGCACGGCUCCAAGAGAUCAAAGGCUCUAUCGAGAGUCUGAAAAUUAGUACCGAUGUCUGCAGCCUGCGAGACUCUAUCAAAGACGACAUCCAGAAGCUUGUCCGCAUACCUGAACGUUCGCUUGAACGCCUUGCUCAGGGGUCCAUUCUCAGAGGUCUCGAAUUCGACACGAUGUACUGCCGCCAUGACGCUAUUUGCGAAGCUCAUGAAAAAACGUUUCGAUGGAUACUGGCCGAUUAUUUUGAUGACAGGUGCAACGUCAAUUGCCCGAAUGGUCGCCAAUAUGAGCUUUUAUCCAACAGCGGGGCUGGAGUGAUGAAGGACAUGAACCUCAAGGUCGACGUUACGUCUGCUCUUGCGGAAGAGAACGCUCUUACGAUUUGGACAGAAGGCGACGGGGGUCACUUCUCAAGUCUUGCCAGGGACAUCUCACAUGGCCCAGACCAACUUCAGUCAUCACAAUGCCUUCCCAUAUGCGAAGAGCGCCGAGGCAUCCGGCAGAAGUUUACGCAGUGGCUGUCUUCAGGCAGUGGAGUGUUUCACUUCUCGGCUAAGCUCGGCGCUGGAAAGUCGACUUUGAUGAAGAUGAUAAUCAACCAUGAUGAGAGCCGAAAGCGACUUGAUACUUGGGCAGUCAGAACUACCGUUUUUGCCUUUUCGUCGACGGCCUAG